AUGAACAAUUGCUAUUUAAAGACUUUUUUCCCCACCCCUCAGGCACGGAACAGCCAGACUCCUGCAGAUAAUGAUGAAGAUGUUGUUGUUGCACUGCAUAACUUCAAACCAACCAACAACGCGGAUCUACCAUUCAAAAAGGGAGACAGACUUAAGGUUUUGCAGCAAAAUGACGACUGGUGGCUAGCUCGAUCCCUUGUGACGGGGGAUGAAGGCUAUAUACCAUGUACUUAUGUGGCCAGAGCAGAUACACUAGAGGUAGAAAAAUGGUUCUUCAAGGGCCUAAGUAGAAGAGAGUCCGAACGGCUGCUUUUGGCUCCAGGAAACAAACCAGGUUCAUUCCUGGUGAGAGAGAGUGAGACCAGUAAAGGGGCCUUCUCGUUGUCCAUCAGAGAUUCCGAUUCGACCCAAGGAGAUGUGGUCAAACACUACAAAAUCCGUUCCCUGGACAAAGGUGGCUUCUACAUCUCCCCAUCCACCACAUUCCCAUCCCUGCAGGAGCUGGUUAAACAUUACUGCCGUACAGCAGAUGGUUUGUGCCAGCGGCUGAACGCCGCUUGUAAGUCUGCCACACCACAGCCACCGUGGGCACAGGAUGAAUGGGAAAUACCACGUGAGACCCUGAAAAUGGUGAAGAAACUCGGGGCUGGGCAGUUUGGAGAAGUGUGGAUGGGUUUCUAUAAGAACAGCCAGAAAGUAGCUAUCAAGAAUUUGAAGGAGGGCACCAUGGAGCCAGAGGCCUUUCUACAGGAGGCCAACCUGAUGAAGCGGCUCCAGCAUGAACGACUGGUCCGCCUGCACGCCGUGGUCACCAAGGAGCCCAUCCUCAUCGUCACCGAGUUCAUGUGCAAUGGAAGCCUUCUUGACUUUCUUAAAACAGAUGUGGGAAAUAAGCUGAAGCUAACCAAACUGAUCGACAUGUCGGCACAAAUAGCUGAAGGCAUGGCCUACAUUGAGAGGAAGAACUAUAUUCACAGAGACUUGCGUGCGGCCAACAUACUGGUCAAUGAGACUCUGCACUGUAAGAUAGCAGACUUUGGUUUGGCGAGGAUCAUAGAGACAGAAUACACAGCCCAGGAAGGUGCUAAAUUUCCUAUUAAAUGGACUGCCCCAGAAGCCAUCAAUUUUGGCACAUUUAGCAUCAAGUCUGAUGUUUGGUCCUUUGGAAUCCUCCUGACAGAAAUAGUCACCUAUGGAAGAGUACCUUACCCAGGGAUGACCAACCCAGAAGUGAUCAGAAACCUGGACAAGUCCUACAGGAUGCCCUGCCCCGAGGGCUGCCCGGAGGAGCUCUACGACCUAAUGAUGACGUGCUGGAAGGAGAAGUCUGAGGACAGGCCCACCUUUGAAUUUUUGCAGUGCACCCUCAACGACUUUUUCAUUUCCACUGAGGGACAAUAUGAGAUGCAACCCUGA